AUGAAUCGGCUCUCUGCAGCGAUAAAAGAGCUGAAGACGAAAGUUCGCGAGUUGAAACUUGUCAAGCGAUGGAAUGAGGUUCCAGAAUCGUGGAAACGAACAAGGCGAAUAAUCACUUCUCAGGGCAUCGCUGUUGGAAUUCUUUGCUAUCAGUUACCAAUUUACGCUGCUUUGCCAGAUGCUCCGAAAAUGCCGCCUCUUCCAGAGACGGGAAUUUAUCCUCCAGAAGUGAUCAAGAAUUUCACCGAAGAGCAAUUCCACGAAGCGAUGAAUCCGAUUCCAUUCUUUCCAAACAAUUACAGAUUUAUGGUAGCACAUGAGCGUCUCAAAGGAGCAUCCAUAGCUAUGGUUUUAGAUACUAUGUUGAAAUUCUGA